CCAUGAACAGCUCCGUGGCAGGCUCCGAGGGGGGCUGGCAUCCCGAAUCCGUGAUCAUCCCCCUGGUGUACCUCGUCAUCUUCCUCGUGGGCACGGUGGGCAACAGCCUGGUCCUGGCCGUGCUGCUGCGCAACGGGCAGGUGAAGAACACCACCAACCUCUUCAUCCUCAACCUGGGGGUGGCCGACCUCUGCUUCAUCCUCUUCUGCGUCCCCUUCCAAGCCACCAUCUACACCCUGGAGGGGUGGGUGUUUGGGCCCUUCAUGUGCAAGGCUGUCCACUUCUUCAUCUACCUCACCAUGUACGCCAGCAGCUUCACCCUGGCCACUGUCUCCCUUGACAGGUAUUUGGCCAUACGAUACCCCCUGCACUCGAGGGAGCUGAGGACACCCCGGAACGCCCUCAUGGCCAUCGGCAUCAUCUGGGGGCUUUCCUUCAUCUUCUCGGGCCCUUACCUCAGCUACUACCAGGAAUUCCAGCUGGCCAACCUGACCGUGUGCCACCCCAUCUGGGAGAUCUCCCAGCGCAAGGUCAUGGACAUCUGCACCUUCGUCUUCAGCUACAUCAUCCCGGUGCUGAUCCUGAGCCUCACGUACGUGCGGACUAUUCGCUACCUGUGGAAGUCCGUGGACCCUCUCCAAGACAUGUCCGAGUCCAAGAAGGCCAAGCGGAAGGUCACCAGGAUGAUCAUCAUUGUGGCUGUGCUGUUCUGCCUCUGUUGGCUGCCCCACCACCUGGUCAUCCUCUGCGUCUGGUUCGGGUACUUCCCCCUCAACCACUCCACGUACGUGCUGCGCAUCCUGUCGCACGUCAUCUCCUACGCCAACUCCUGCGUCAACCCCAUCGUCUACGCCCUGGUCUCCAAACACUUCCGCAAGGGCUUCAAGAAGAUCUUCAGCUGCCUCCUGCACAAGAAGGCAGCCCACAGGGUGCACGUGGCCCAGGUGACCAACACCGUCAGCACGCUGGAGGCAGAGCUCAGCGAGGUGACCCAGCUCAGCGAGGCCCUGCCCGGGCGCUCUGCCGCGCGCUGCAGGGUCCCAGCCCAGCCCUGGGGGGAGGUGGAGCUGGUGGGACAGCAGCGGAAGGCAGAUGGCUCCUUCGUCACCUUCAGUGUCAGCUAGCAGAGAUUCUCCCCACCCCAUGGCUUUGCGGGCUCCUGCAGCAUCGCAGGCCUGGGGACGGGCCAUGUUUUGGGUUGAAAUGUGUCCAGUCGUACCCUUUCCACUCAACUGCACCCAGAUGUCAUAACAGUGAUGCUGCUGGUACAGACUCAGCCAAGCAGCUGUCUGAGGAUCCAAGGGCAGGAUUUGCUUCCACCAAGCACUUGCUGAGAGCUGAGAGAUCAAACCCCCCAAAUCCACUCUGGUGUAAUCACCUGUUCCUCUGCCAUGGACGGACUUUUGCCCUGUUGCAUCUACACCGGGAGCUUGUUGAAAGCUCUGGUCCCUCCAAACAACACAGCAUCUGGCUGGAGUUUGUGGGGUGCUCUCUUAGGGACAUUUGGGAAGUCUUGGUUUGUUUGUGUCCUGGUACAGGAGAUGCAUCCCAGGGCAGCGCUGGGCACAGCCCUGUGGGCACAAACCCAGCUCAGGUAGGAAAAUCCAGGAGAGAAGCACAAAAGGUCACUGAGGACCAGGAGGGAGGGAGGCUGUUUGCUGGGGGAGCACAGCCAUGGCCCUGCAGGAGGGGAAUCUGAGUGGGACAGGACCACACUGGGGGAGGAUUUGAAUGCCUUGGACAGCUCGGGCAUCUCAUCCAAGCGAGGUGCUUGUGGAGAAGAGCAAAGCAGAGCAGUGGCACCACU